UGCGCAGAGGCGGCAGCAACGACAGCGUCUGAACCAGCUGAAGAAACCAGCUGAAAAACACAGGUGGACGACUUCUGAGAUGGCUGCACCAGUGUCAUUUUUGGUGUUACGUGCCUGCAUUUUGGGGCUUUUCCAUGUGGAAGCAACACCGGACACCCUGAGCUCCCUGGAUUCUUCUUUCUGUCAUGGGGGACUAGAAGUGAUCUAUCCGGAGCUGGACGUCGACCAUUGCCUCAUAAUUCCAAAGGGCCGCGAAGUCAGAGAGAAAGUCAGCACAGUUUGGAAAGCCCCACAGAUUUACUUCUCUGGAGCACACAAGAAAAAAAUGUAUGUUCUGGUGAUGGUUGAUCCUGACGUUCCAAGCCGUACCAAUCCAACUUCUGCUUACUGGAGGCACUGGCUGGUCGUGGACAUACAGGGAGAUGCACUCAAGAAAGGACAAAUACAAGGAACCACCCUCACUGACUAUCAUCCACCAACCCCGCCACAGAAGUCUGGUUUUCAUCGCUACCAGUUCAUGUUGUUUGAGCAGCUUCCAGACGCACCAGUGUCGCUCACCGGGCGGGAAAAGUCGUCCCGCGGUAAAUGGGAUCUUCAGGACUUCAUCACAAGGUUUGAUUUGGGAGAGCCUGUGGCCACUUUGCAGUUUCUCACCCAAAACUACAAAGACUGAAGGAUGGUCAGACACCUGAAAGAAAAUGUGGAGGAAGAAUCUGUCAUACAAUUAUAUAAAAUAAUGUUUCCCUACUUUUCCUGAA